UGUGUGUGUGCGUGUCUGUGUGAGUGAGAGUCCCAUAUACAUGCUCCGUAUUAACCCCGAUGGAAACUGUCAACACAAUGGGUAAGUAUUUAUAUGAACUUCUCGCCGUUUCUUUGACAGAGUUGAAAAUGCUCUCGCACUCACAAACAUUCGCAUAUUCCUCUCACGACACCAAAAACACAUCCCCUUAACUUGGAGACUACCUCACCUCCAAAGACUGUGCUGGUGCUGGUGUCCUCGCAUCUUCGCCGUCUUGAUCCUAUCGACCGUCAAGUAUGGCUUUCCCUUUCAAACAUGUCUUAAUGGUCGGUGCCACUGCCGGCAUCGGGGCAGCAAUGGCGGACCGAUUGGUUCUCGAAGGAGUCAAAGUCAUUGCUGUCGGCCGUAGACAGGAGCGACUCAAUGCAUUCGUACAGAAGCAUGGCUCAGCUAAAGCCAGCGCCGUUCAAUUCGACCUGAGUGAUAGCAAAAACAUGGACAAAUUUGUCUCCAACGUCACCCAGACCUACCCAGACCUGGACUGCGUCUUCCUCAAUGCAGGCAUUCAGAGUGUUUUCAAGCUUGCCCAGCCAGAAACAGUCGACCUAUCUGUUUUUCACUCCGAGAUGUCGGUCAACUUCUCGUCCUUUGUCGACCUCACGAUGAAGUUCUUGCCAUUCUUUCAGAGCAAAAAGUCCGAAACUGGCUUGAUUUACACCGGGUCUAACCUGGCAAUCGUGCCGUCUGCGAGUCUGCCGGCAUACUCAGCUUCGAAGGCGGCCUUGAAUGCUUUCGUUCUCUGCCUACGGGAGCAGCUGAAAGAGUCAUCGGUGAAAGUCAUUGAGCUUUCUCCUCCACCUGUACAAACCGAGCUGCACGAUUAUAUGGGCGAGGAGAAAGGACGGAACAUGGGCAUGCCCGUUGACAAAUUUACCGAUGCUGCGUACAAAGGUCUGGCUUCCGGGGAAGACCAGAUUAUCAUCGGUACAGUUGGGCCAGAAGAAACGUUCCACGACAUUGUCGACAAGAGGAGGGCUGCGUUCGAGAAUUUGGCGAAACUGAUUCGACUCCAUUAGCUGUGACAGCCUCCUGAUUGAGCUCCCAAUUCCGUGGCUGAGUGUCAAUUAUUCCAAAGCCUUGUCAAUCGUCAAUUGUCUGGAAGCAGGCAGACUAUAUCCAUAGCUGAGGCAAUGCGCAG